UCCCUUUAAGUAGCGUGACUUGACAGUCUAACUAUAAACGUAUAAUGUUACACGGCACAAUAGAACGUACACUCGAGAACAUCCUUUUUGUGAUAAACCUAAACCACGCCAGAAAAAUACACAGGCGGCCUACUUACACUCUGAAUGGACGUUUUACUAGACUCAGUGGACACCAUUUUAAGAACAUUAACAUGACAAAAGAAAAGAUGCUACUAUUUUCAAGAACUGUCUCCAUCCUGAUGUGGCUUGUCUUGCUAGAAUCUGAAGCUGAAAUUGAUGUCCUCGGACCGAAGAGUUGGGACAAGGCUGUACACGACUGCAAAACAGCAGGAAGAGAACUCUACAGCUCAGACAGGGAAGAACCCCUCAAAGAGAUUCUUACGGCUAGUUCUGGCAAACACUGGGUGGGGGCGAAGAUCAUGUACUCGCCGUGGAGAUGGACAGAAGACGGCACCACGGUGUUUACUUAUAUGGGAUAUCGAAAUAUUACAUACAAAGACAUCCACAAAAUACCUCUUAACUACGACAAUGAAGCCGUCUUGUGUUACACAAAGUGUGAAAAAACGUACAUCGGGCUGCAGGGAUCGAAAUGUUUUUGUCUUGAUUCGCCGGAAUACAAAACAGAGAACACUGCGCAGGACCGGUGCUGGGGUAACUCUCAGGAAUACUGCGGCACGGAACACGGGAUGAGUGUUUACAAAGUCGAACUUCUUCAACAAUCGUCUUUGAAAUGGAAAUUUAACGACAACGGUUUAUGCGGAUAUGUGAAAUUUCACUAUGAAACAUUCUUAUUAAUUUUUAAUGUUAAAAAAUUGAAAAUAUACGUGAGAACAAAAAACUGUCAACAACAAAAGGGAUAUAUUUGUAAAU